UCUGCAAAAAAAAAAAAAAAAAGACGCUUAAUCGGCUGAAUAAAUGUUUUUUUUUUUGCGUAUAAAUCUAUAAAGAAGAAUUUGAAUGGUUUAAAAGUUUAUGCGACGAUCCUGCUCCAUAGCAAAUUUAUAUGCGUCACAAAAGUCGAUAACUCUCGAACUCGAAGGAGUUCAUACGAUUCGAUUGUAUCGAUUCAUUGACGUUAUCCGCUAAAAACCUAGAUGAAACGGCGGAGAGCUGCGAUUAAAUACAGUAGUGAAGUACAUUUACCGAGCGAACUGUUAUGGAAGAGUGAUCUUGGCUUUGAUAUCUUUUUAUUUCAUGCCAAGUAAUUAUAUUAUUGCGUCUUCAUGUUAUAUUAUAAGUGCUUUAUUAGACGCAGUGGAUGGCCAUGCAGCCAGAUACUUCAAUCAAAGCACAAAAUUUGGUGCUAUCUUAGAUCAGUUAACUGAUAGAGUUGGUACCAUGUGUUUGUUGGCAACUUUAUGUAUGUUUUAUCCUUCUUAUAGUUUUUGGUUUCAAUUAAGUAUGGGUAUUGAUAUAUCUUGUCACUGGAUUUAUCUUCACACAACAUUGCUACAAGGGAAGACGAGUCACAAAUUUAUUGACAUGUCUGAAAAUCCAAUCAUGCGGAUAUACUAUACCAACCGUACCAUUCUAUUUUUCAUGUGCGCUGGAAAUGAAAUGUUCUAUGCUACUUUAUAUCUUCUUAAUUUUACCGAAGGACCUAUUUUAGCCGGUAUAGGAACGUAUAGGAUACUGAUGUAUCUCUCAGCUCCAGUGGCAAUAGUCAAGUCAGCAAUCUCAAUUUUGCAUGGAUAUGUAUCUUGUAUCAAUAUGAGUAUAAUUGAUCAGAAAGAACGUCAGGAACAUCUUAAAGCAAACUAAAAUGUCUUGCUUACAUAUAUUACUUGCUAGUCAUAGUAAAUGUGAUUAAUUGAUCUUCCUCAUUUAUAAAGUAACAUAUAUUUAAAGGAUGCAUUUCAAUAUAUAUAAAUAUAUAUUAUAUAUAACGAGUAUAUAUCUUAUUUGAAAAUAUAAUAAAAUUAUUUAUUUUUCAUAUUAUAAAUAAAGAACACAUUUAAU